UUGGGGAUGCAGCUGUCUUUGGAAGCUCAGUACCAGCAGGUCUAAUCCAGGAGACCGCACUUCUUAUUAGCAUCGUGUUCCAUUACACAUACAAAAUUCGAGGAAUUAUUAACUAAAAAAAAACCAACAAAAACCAUCAUGAAAAUACUGAUGCUUGUUUCCGCUUUCUGCGAGAUUAUUUUUAGCCAAGUGCUUGCAAACGUUAGCGAAACCACCGAGUUUGCAGAGAGUGAAAAUGGAAUGGCGACAUCAGACUUCACCGUAGACUUCAACAACCAUGAUAUCAACGAUCAUCUAUUGACAGAGAUUGGGAGGUUAGUUGCCUCCAUACAAAGCCGCCCUAUUGUCUCUCAGAAGCUGCCACCAAUAACUCAGGACUCAGCCGGGGGUAGCACAAUUCACCUUCGUCUAGAGUACUCCAUCCUCUCCCUCUUCGGCACAGAUGAAAUGCUCCAGACCGUCAAGACCGCUAUGUUCCUCAAGUUGUCUUGGCUAAACCCGGCUCUGUCAUGGAACUCCUCGGAACACCUCAACAUCACGUCCUUGGAGUUUCCCUCUAGCAUCGUGUGGGUGCCCAGAGUUUUGCUUCUCAACUCCGUGGAUUUGGUGGAUGUAGUGGAGACUUUCGGCAAAGGCCUGAUUGUUGAUAACAACGGUCUCGUAGAGUGUGAUAUGCCGAUGUUCACGGAAACAGUUUGCACUAUGGAUCUGACACGUUAUCCUUAUGACCAACAGUCGUGCCAGCUCCUCUUUACUGUCUUCUCCUCCUACGUCCGCUGGCUUGUGGAGGAGAACAACGACACGCAGCAGAUUCUCAACCUGACCGACCUCGGCACCACCUGGACUUUGGUUAAGGUCAGUGCGAAGAUUCAGCCGCUGGGCAAAAUCACCGCUGUCGUCAUCACUUUGAACAUAAAGCGAAAAACGAUUUUCUACACAGUUUGUCUAGUGCUACCGAUGGUUAUUAUCUCCUGCCUUAACACUCUGGUUUUUCUCGUACCACCCGAGUCAGGAGAAAAGAUGUCCUUCUUCGUCUCCCUGUUUGUCUCAACCUCUGUUUAUGUCAGUUUUUUCACAGACGUCAUGCCACGUGGCCUUGAGAAUGUCCCAAACGUUAUGAAGCUACUCCUCGGGGUCGCCAUUGAGGGCAUGUUCAUCGCCCUAGCCACCAUCUUCAUCCUGAGACGUUUCCACCAAGAAGAGAAGCUGCGCAACUCCAGGUCCUCCUUCUCGAAACCAGUCAACAUGGGAAACAAUAACCGUGUUCAUCCAAUCGUGUCUUCCACAAACAAUAUUCAAGGUGAUUGUGGUACGCAAGGAGAAAAACAAGAAACGGAGGAAGAUGAGGGGGAGGAGGAGGCUGCUUUUGCCGGAGGUUUGACUGGGGCGUUUACAUUUUCUUCCCAACAGCUAGACCGUGCUUGUUUUGUAGUAGCUGUCUUCGCAAAUUCAGUUUUCCUGUCUUAUCUUUUCAUUGAUUCUCUUGUGUAG